GACCCUCUUGGGGGUAGGUGGUGCUGCUAGGCCUCAUCUCUACUGUCUCUUUGAGGUGCCAUUGAGCCUGGGGACAGAAGGUCCCAGGGGCUUGUCCUGCUCGAACCAUUCCUUCUCCUGGUCCCUGAGCUGGGCCAGGAGUGGCAAAGGGACAGAGACUGCAGACCAAGGCUGGACCUCUGUGUCUGGGGGCCUUGUGCCUGGCCCACUGAGCCUGGCCAGCCCUAAUGGUCCUGGAGAGGCCAGUGCUGGGGGCCUCUGUUGGGGUUCCAGGCUCUCUAGAGUCUCAGAGGAUGCCUCCAGAAGCCGCUGGUCUCAAGUCAGGAUAGCCAUGGUAUACUGGGCACAGGAGACACACACUUGCCUGAGCCCUGGCCCAUGCUCAGGCCAUGCUCCUGUGGUGGAACCCAGACAGAUGGUGGAUGCAGACCUGGAGGAGGCAGGGAGCGCAGGCAAAAGUAGUCAGAAAGGCCAGACUCCAUCCAAAAGCCCAGACACACAGCGGAGGGCAGGCGAGAGCUGGGCCUGGACACUAGAUGGUGGGCAGGGGGUGCUGGGCAGCCCCGCAGGCCUGAGGGCAAGUGAGAUGGAGCUGGGCUGCCUCCUGACCUGCUGUGCAGCCUGGGAGAGGCCAGUUCCCUCUCUGGGACCCAUCCAGCCCCAGGGACAAUCAGGGAUUCAGACCUCAAGCCUCAGGGGGAACAAUGGAGCCGUUGAAGGCCCUCCCCCCGCAUUGUGCUUGGUAGUGAGAGGUGGCCCUGGGUCAGUCUGGCCGGGUACACACUCAGGAGGGCUGGUGUCCAGCCAGCCAUCAGGUAGAAGAGCUCAGAAGGCCUUGUUUCCUGGCCUGGAAAAGGUCCCGUCCCCGGUCCCUAUGACCAACAUGAGCUGGAGCUUCCUGACACGGCUGCUGGAAGAGAUCCACAACCACUCCACGUUCGUGGGCAAGGUAUGGCUCACGGUGCUCGUGGUCUUCCGCAUCGUGCUCACGGCUGUGGGUGGCGAGUCCAUCUACUCCGAUGAACAGACCAAGUUCACGUGCAACACGCGGCAGCCAGGCUGCGACAACGUCUGCUACGACGCCUUCGCACCCCUGUCCCACGUGCGCUUCUGGGUUUUCCAAAUAGUGGUCAUCUCCACGCCCUCUGUCAUGUACCUGGGCUAUGCGGUGCACCCCUCCCUGCAGCCUGCCCCCGGCCAUGUCCCUGAGGCCAGCCUCCUACAGCCAAGUGUCCUCUCAGUGGAGGCCCUGGAGGACAAGGCCCUCAGGGACACAGAGUCAGACUCGGGCUGGAACUACACCACCGGCUUUCCUGAGUCUCCCACUUGCAGAUGGCAGACCUUGGAACUUCUCAGCCUCCAUAACUGA